UUUUAACGGUUCCAAUGCGGUCACUCUGAUGGACGUGUUUUUUUUACGGCGGAUGGAAAUAAAUUUACUGCAAAUUUAAAUCACAAACGUUAAGGAUCGGCGACUGACUAAAAAUAAAUAGUGCUCGAUUGAUGGAUAACAACUAUGUACAUUCUAAACAUAAUUUAAGAUAAAGCUUAUUGGUGAAAUCAACUGCAGUUGCAUAACUCAUUGCCAAAAAAAAAGUCGAAGGAAAAAAUCACAACAGCUAAGCAAAAAAGUUCGAAAGAAAGUUCAAAGGAACAAAAAAAGUGGCGAGAGGAAGAAGAGGAGAACGCCGUUAGUGGGUUAAGAGCCCCUCCUCCUGGGGCCACCAGCACCCCUGUACCCCCGCCCACAACGUGCCUUAAAAUAAAUUCCGUGUUUUAAAUAAAAAAAAAAAAAAAGAGAAAAAAGGAAAAUCAAGUGCGCGUUAAUUGCUUCUAAGUUAUUCAAUAACAAAACAUACAAAUAUUAAAAAAGAAAUUUGGAAAAAUAUGUCCCAAAACACAGCCGAUACUCUCAUACAUUUAAUUGCCGGCGGUUCCGCUGGCACAGUGGGAGCUGUGGUUACAUGUCCCCUCGAAGUGGUCAAGACACGUCUACAGAGCUCAACGGCUUUUAUGACGCCGUCGCGUCUGGCGGAGAAUGCCGGUGGACCGGCGAAUGGUGGCCAAUCGGAGCUAUUGCGGCCGGAACAACGACGUAAGCUAAGCACAACGAUAUUACGUAACAGAUCACAGCCACAGAUCAUGGCCAUUUCACAUUGCGGCAUCUCAUCCACAACACCCAAAACCAUGAGCAUCGUGCAGUGCCUGCGACACAUUGUCCAGAACGAGGGCACCCGUGCUCUGUUCAAAGGUCUGGGUCCGAAUCUCGUGGGCGUGGCCCCAUCCCGUGCCAUAUACUUUUGCACCUACUCACAAACCAAAAACACGCUCAACAGUUUGGGCUUCGUUGAACGUGACUCUCCUUUGGUGCACAUAAUGAGUGCAGCUAGUGCUGGUUUUGUCUCCUCCACGGCCACGAAUCCCAUUUGGUUUGUCAAGACGCGGAUGCAGUUGGACUAUAACUCCAAGGUGCAAAUGACCGUGAGACAGUGCAUCGAGAGGGUCUAUGCUCAGGGUGGUGUUGCUGCCUUCUACAAGGGCAUCACCGCCAGCUAUUUUGGAAUCUGCGAGACCAUGGUUCACUUUGUCAUCUACGAGUUUAUCAAGUCUAAGUUGCUGGAGCAGCGAAAUCAGCGGCAUACGGACACAAAGGGAUCCCGAGACUUCCUGGAGUUCAUGAUGGCUGGGGCUGUUUCUAAGACAAUUGCCUCCUGCAUCGCCUAUCCCCAUGAAGUGGCCCGAACUCGUCUGAGGGAGGAGGGCAACAAGUACAACUCUUUCUGGCAGACUUUGCACACGGUUUGGAAGGAAGAGGGCAGAGCUGGACUCUAUAGGGGACUGGCUACGCAGCUGGUGCGACAGAUUCCCAACACCGCGAUCAUGAUGGCUACCUAUGAGGCAGUCGUCUAUGUCCUUACCCGGCGUUUCAACAACAAAUCUAACGAAUUCUACGACUUUUAAACAUCAUAAUACGGAGUCAAAGAAUCCCCAUUAAGGACUAGUUAACAAAAAAUGAGAAGGAGGAACCCAAUCUGUGCAUAUGUAGACGCGACUGCUGCAACUUAAUUGUAAUUGUAACCCGUUUUUUUAAACGAUCCAAACCAACGAGCGCAAAUUCUUAGUUAACUAGCUUCUAAGUCAGAUAUGAAACGAACUCGAUAGACUUAAGACGUUAGACGUUGAACGUUGGCCAAUAAUGCAAACAACAAAAAACACGCACCAGGAUCGAAAUGCACCAUCCAAAAAGAACAUAACACUUUGCUAUAUGCUAUAUAAGGAUCUAAGUUCGAAAAAUACGAAAGAAAAAAACAAAAAAACGUUAUCAAAAUUUGAAAAGGCUGCUAUUUAGUUAAAGAUACAAUAUAUAUUGAGUGUAUAAAUGUGGUUGAUAUUUUGAUAUAGUGUUGUAAAUAGGAUUCGAUUCGCUCAGAGUGUAUUGUAAAUAGAUAAAGAAUGAGUCGACUGGCGUUGCAAUAUGGCUCCCCUAGUUUUGUUAGUUGUAAGCACAAAAAAGAAAAAUGUUGAAUCGGCCGCAGUUGCCAGUAGAUGCCGCUAUAUAUAUAUAUAGAAAUAUAAAUAUUAAAACCGACCGAUCCGAUACGUAAAUGUAAUCAUAAUUUGUAAAAGAGUCCGUUAAGUUUCCUCAAAUGCGAUAUACAUUUUAGUUACCAGUACUUUAACAUUAUGAUUAUUAUUAUUAUUGCUGUUUAUUUAGUCCAUUAGUUAGCUAGUUAGUGAGCUCCAUAGAGAGCGAUUAGUGCCCAGUGCCCCCUCUCCCACGUAUUUCAUUGAUAACGAGCAAAGAACGAAGAAAACUACUGUGAAUAAUUGAUUGCAAUCUGAUUUGAUGGUGAAAUCAAUAAAUACAACAAUUUUGUUUAAAAAUAA